CCUCCAUCAAGGAAGAUCUACAAGUUGCCUGGGGUUCAGUGCUCUAGAAAGUUCCAAAGUUUGUGGCUUGAAUUAUUUUAAAGAAGCCGAAAUAAUUGAAGAGAAGCAGAGGCCAGCUGUUUUUGAGAAUCCUGCUCCACAGAGAAUGCUCUGCACCUGUUGAUACUCCAGUUCCAACACCAUCUUCUGAGAUGAUCCUGAUUCCCAGAAUGCUCUUGGUGCUGUUCCUGCUGCUGCCUGUCUUGAGUUCUGCAAAAGCUCAGGUUAAUCCAGCUGUAUGCCGCUAUCCUCUGGGCAUGUCGGGAGGCCAGAUUCCAGAUGAGGACAUCACAGCUUCCAGUCAGUGGUCAGAGUCCACAGCUGCCAAGUAUGGAAGGCUGGACUCAGAAGAAGGGGAUGGAGCCUGGUGCCCUGAGAUUCCAGUGGAACCUGAUGACCUGAAGGAGUUUCUACAGAUUGACUUACAUACCCUCCAUUUUAUCACUCUGGUGGGGACCCAGGGGCGCCAUGCAGGGGGUCACGGCAUUGAGUUUGCCCCCAUGUACAAGAUCAACUACAGUCGGGAUGGCACUCGCUGGAUCUCUUGGCGGAACCGUCAUGGGAAACAGGUGCUGGAUGGAAAUAGUAACCCCUAUGACAUUUUCCUAAAGGACUUGGAGCCGCCUAUUGUGGCCAGAUUUGUCCGGUUCAUUCCAGUCACUGACCACUCCAUGAAUGUGUGCAUGAGGGUGGAGCUUUAUGGCUGUGUGUGGCUAGAUGGCUUGGUGUCAUACAAUGCUCCAGCUGGGCAGCAGUUUGUACUCCCUGGGGGCUCCAUCAUUUAUCUGAAUGAUUCUGUCUAUGAUGGAGCUGUUGGGUACAGCAUGACAGAAGGGCUAGGCCAAUUGACAGAUGGUGUGUCUGGCCUGGAUGAUUUCACCCAGACCCAUGAAUACCACGUGUGGCCCGGCUAUGACUAUGUGGGCUGGCGGAACGAGAGUGCCACCAAUGGCUACAUUGAGAUCAUGUUUGAAUUUGACCGCAUCAGGAAUUUCACUACCAUGAAGGUCCACUGCAACAACAUGUUUGCUAAAGGUGUGAAGAUCUUCAAGGAGGUACAGUGCUACUUCCGCUCUGAUGCCAAUGAGUGGGAACCUAAUGCCAUUUCCUUCCCCCUUGUCCUGGAUGACGUCAACCCCAGCGCUCGGUUUGUUACGGUGCCUCUCCACCACCGAAUGGCCAGUGCCAUCAAGUGCCAAUACCAUUUUGCUGAUACCUGGAUGAUGUUCAGUGAGAUCACCUUUCAAUCAGAUGCUGCAAUGUACAACAACUCUGGAGCCCUACCCACCUCUCCUAUGGCACCCACAACCUAUGAUCCAAUGCUUAAAGUUGAUGACAGCAACACUCGGAUCCUGAUUGGCUGCUUGGUGGCCAUCAUCUUCAUCCUCCUGGCCAUUAUUGUCAUCAUACUCUGGAGGCAGUUCUGGCAGAAAAUGCUGGAGAAGGCUUCUCGGAGGAUGCUGGAUGAUGAAAUGACAGUCAGCCUUUCCUUGCCAAGUGAUUCCAGCAUGUUCAACAAUAACCGCUCCUCAUCACCUAGUGAACAAGAGUCCAACUCAACUUAUGAUCGCAUCUUUCCCCUUCGUCCUGACUACCAGGAACCAUCCAGGCUGAUACGAAAACUCCCAGAAUUUGCCCCAGGGGAGGAGGAGUCAGGCUGCAGCGGCGUUGUGAAGCCAGUCCAGCCCAGUGGCCCCGAGGGGGUGCCCCACUAUGCAGAGGCUGACAUAGUGAACCUCCAGGGAGUGACAGGAGGCAACACAUACUCAGUGCCUGCUGUCACCAUGGACCUGCUCUCAGGAAAAGAUGUGGCUGUGGAGGAGUUCCCCAGGAAACUCUUAACUUUCAAAGAGAAGCUGGGAGAAGGCCAGUUUGGGGAGGUUCAUCUCUGUGAAGUGGAGGGAAUGGAAAAGUUCAAAGACAAAGAUUUUGCCCUAGAUGUCAAUGCCAACCAGCCUGUCCUGGUGGCCGUGAAAAUGCUCCGAGCAGAUGCCAACAAGAAUGCCAGGAAUGAUUUUCUUAAGGAGAUAAAGAUCAUGUCCCGACUCAAGGACCCCAACAUCAUCCAUCUCUUAGCUGUGUGUAUCACUGAUGAUCCUCUCUGCAUGAUCACUGAAUACAUGGAGAAUGGAGAUCUCAAUCAGUUUCUAUCCCGCCAUGAGCCCCCCAAUUCUUCUUCCAGCAAUGUACCCACUGUCAGUUACACCAACCUGAAGUUUAUGGCUACCCAAAUUGCUUCUGGCAUGAAGUAUCUUUCCUCUCUUAAUUUUGUUCACCGAGAUCUGGCCACACGAAACUGCUUAGUGGGUAAGAACUACACAAUCAAGAUAGCUGACUUUGGAAUGAGCAGGAACCUGUACAGUGGUGACUAUUACCGGAUCCAGGGCCGGGCAGUGCUCCCUAUCCGCUGGAUGUCUUGGGAGAGUAUCUUGCUGGGCAAGUUCACAACGGCGAGUGAUGUGUGGGCCUUUGGGGUUACUUUGUGGGAGACUUUCACCUUUUGCCAGGAACAGCCCUAUUCCCAGCUGUCAGAUGAACAGGUUAUUGAGAAUACUGGAGAGUUCUUCCGAGACCAAGGGAGGCAGACUUACCUCCCUCAACCAGCCAUUUGCCCUGACUCUGUGUAUAAGCUGAUGCUCAGCUGCUGGAGAAGAGAUACCAAGCACCGUCCCUCAUUCCAAGAAAUCCACCUUCUGCUCCUUCAACAAGGUGACGAGUGACGCUGUCAGUGCCUGGCCACAUUCGUACGGCUCAGGUCCUCCCUACCACUCACCCACACCUACACCACUCCAUCUGGACAUUUAGUGAGCCUCGGAGACAGAGGCUUGUUCGCUUUGCCCUCUGUUCGUGGUCUCUCCCACUCUACUCCCCCACUCCCUACCCCUGACUCAUAUAUACUUUUUUUUUUUUACAUUAAAGAGCUAAAAGAGAAAAAAAAAAGCCUAGGGCAGAUAAAAUCUAGUAAAAGAAAGUCGUACUUGAUAUACCAAAGUGUUGGAUAACAAAGGCUAGAAAAUUCAGAUAAUUUAUAAAGGUUAAUUAUUCUUGUGCUUAUAAAUGUGCAGAUUCUACAAUAUUUUUCCAUGUCACUCUAAACCAAUCUUCAGAAAGAAAAUCUUGAAGGAAACUAAUGUCUUGGGAAACAUGAGAUGAAGUUUAGGGAAAACACUCGAUAGAUAUGGAAAAUCUGAGGACUCCGAAUUCAGCAAGGAAUCACAGGUGGUUUUCUAGUUUGGCCUCUGGACAUGUCUCACUGUUUAUAUUUCUCUCUCCUGUCAAAGUGAAUGAUAUAUUCUUGAAAACCCCCAAUUUCUUGAAAUGGGUAUUUUGUUCAUUCAUGGGCAGCAGUCUGGGUUGAAGUUCAUAUAUGAAACAGGGAAUGUAGAUGGGAAAGAGUGUCUCCUACAAGACUGUAUGAAGGGGAAUUGUCAUUUACAAAAAAAAAAAAAAGUACCUCAUGUAUGGAAGGAUUCUUGAAUAGAUAAUGGACAUAGGAAAGAAGGUCAAUGGAGGACACAUAACAGACAUGCUAUCCACCAUUUAUUUUGAUUUCAUUAGAGGGUUCUCUUCUUUGUCUUGUACAGACAUUUUCAUGUGUGUGUUUUAGUGAGAAUGUGAGUUUUUAAUCAGUAAAGGCUGAUGUUUUGAUAUCUUGAUGGUAGAUUUCUGAGUUCAUCUUGUCCAAAUCUUCUAGCUCUUUCAAGGAUGAAGCCUCUGUGGGAUCUUUGGACUUGGGGCUGAAUUUCUCAGGCAUCAAUACCUAAUGGCCUUGUCUAUGAGGGAAUAGAUCUAUUCUGAGUGUCCCCAAAAAGGUUGUCUCAGUACUAAUGAGGAGAAGUUAUAGAGAGACUGAUUUCUAUUCCUUUUUGAGAAAAACAAAGCACUCAGAACAUAGAAGGAUAAAUGGGCUGCCAACCAGAGGUGUGUAGUCAAAAUUUUGUCACUGGAGAGGUCAGGUUACAGGCUCAAGAAUAAUGUAAGGAACAUUGAAGUUUUCAAACACAAAGUGGAUGGUGGUACGAGACAAUGUUUAAUGUCCUUCUAACUCUGAGUGUCAUUGAUUCUGGAGAGGUACAGGAUGAGCAUAUAUUGCUACUGCUCUGUAUAUACCCUCUUGCCUCUGAGAUGUGGCUUCAGAAUUCAUGGAAACAGAGUCACUAUCAAGAAGGAAUCUUCUCAGAGCAAAUUCUGAGCUUUCACAUUCCACAAAUCCUCAGAUUUAGUGGGAAGUUGGAAAAAGGAACUCUUAAUUCCCACUGAGGAGAAACAAGACAACAUUACAAAUCAGCUUCCCAAGCUGAGAAAGAAUACCCUUGACCCGUUGGGUCUGCCUCUGUUGCCUUCACCAGUUUACCUUCUACAACGGUUUCUCAGGAACAUGAGUAUUUCCGCAUUCAGCCUUCAGCAUUGCUCCAGGCCACAGCAUAAGCAUAAGUCUUAAGUCACAGGAUCCAUUUUUCAGGUCAUCUGCAGAUCCUAGCAAAUGUCUUUCCCUCGUAGUUGUCUUAUGUCUUUGGGCUUUAGUCUAUCCCAGGACAAAUUUGGAGAAAUUACUACUUUGAGAGUCAAGAGAGCAUUGGUUUGGGAGCUUUGAUCCUCUUUCUGCUUCACACCAAGUGUGUCAUCUUGGCUAAAUCACUUGGUCUUUCUGCAUUUGCUUUCUUAUUGAUAGGAUGAGGAAAUUAGAUUAAAUGGUUUUGAGUUCCCUUCUGGUUCUGAUAUGUCCAGUACUCGCUGGAUAAUUGGAUCUAUAACUGAUGGAUUUAGUAAUCUGGUCAUUUCUUGCUCUGAAAACAGUACUCAGCAAAAGAGAUCAUGGAAGAAAUCACCGUAAUGGUAGUAAUAGUAACACAUGACAUUUGUAUUGUGCCUUAGCUUUACCAGAUGUUUCCAAAUAUAUUAUCAUAUUUGAUAUGUACAGGGCUAGAUACCUUGGACCCUGCAACACUCAGCUUUCAAGAUAAGUAUUAGCUUCAUUAGGAUUAAAGGGACUUGAACUCAGGACUGGCAGCCUAUUCUUCUUUAUCCAUAUGCCUUUGGUAGGGCUACAUCCAGAUCAUGCCAUGGUUUCUUAUAGAGCAAGAGAAAAUAAUAUUAUUUUAUCUUCCUUUGCCUAACAUCUUUCCACUUAUUCUUUUUUAAGAAUCUGCCCAAGUUCACUGAGUUAUUCUAUGAUUCUAUAAUUUUAAAAAAAACAUAUUUAAAAUGAACUCACAAUGUCUGAAUUUUUCUGGCCUUGAGUCAUAGAAGUAAUCUGUUUCAGAUGGCUGCCCAAUAUGUAUUAUCAUGUCAUAUGUACAUGUAUUCUUUUCUGGGGUGAGGAAUGCUUCAACUUCUGGCACUGAGACCUUUGUGUUACAGACACAGGUUUAGUUUCUAGCUUAGUCAUGCCUUUAGAGUUUAGUAGCACAAAUCUAAGCAACCCAACAGAAUACAUGGUGACGGCCUAGUAUGUAUAGAAUUUAAAAGUAGUUUAAAUCUGAAUUAGAAGAAUGAAGCUAGGACUUAUUUGGAAAAGGAAAUAGAAAAAAAAUGAUCAAAAACAGUGGGGCCUUAUUAUCUUUGCAGUAAGUUAUCUUCUUUAUGAUAUAUGUAAAUUAUUCUAUGUGCAGAUUAUGUUUUGUGAUUGUCAGAUCUAAAUUUAUAUUCUUGCUGGCUAACGUGCUGAUAGCUACGUCUGAAACUUGAUGUGCUAUCCAGACACGUAUGUGAUCAGAAAACAUCUAGAGCGUAAAGUGGUGCCUGAGGAGCAAAAUGUGGUUUUAAUGUUGUGGAAAGAUCACUUGCAAGUAUAUAAGACUAUAUAACGAAGAGGAUUGUACGCAAGUGGGGUGAAAGAAGAAAGGAUACGUGAAUGUGCAUAUGACUGAACAGGGAGGAAGGUCAGGGCUAGAAAGGGGGCUACAUAAAAAGUGGUGAUGGAGAGUGCACAGGAAAGACACAGGGAGGGUCAGGUCAAGCAAGGUAGAAACAGGGGUAGCUGGAGCCAUUGGAAAUCCAUUUUGAAGCAAGAAGGAGCUUUGAAAGGGAUUAGGUUCUUGAAGUAAAAGAUAAAUGUGGGUGGAGAAAGAAGAAAUUCUGGAUGAUAGAGAUGAUAAAAAUAUUUAUUAAGAAAUGAAGUCAGGUUCAGUGUAUGAAAUGGAAGGGAGUCUUUCAGCAUUUUAAGAAAGGGGAAGUUCCUCUUGGAAAAGACAUAGCAACCAUCAGGGAAUGACCUUUUCAUUUCAGAAGAAGUGGGUGAGGAAGGUGGUUUGAGCACCAGGUGUAUUCUGGACCAUUUCAAGUGCUAGUGAGAAAAAAUCAACCCUUUCCCUGAACUGGGCUUGGUUUUCCAAGUGCUGCUUUGAAAAUGAAGACCCAGAGAUGGGGAGCUUAUGAUAGUUCAUGAAUCUUCACGUUCUAUUAUCUUUCCUCUGUCAAUAAAGUUCAUUUUCUAUAAUGCCCACCAUUGCUGUGCCCAGAAUAACCACAGGCAAACAUCAAAACAAUAGGCAUAAAUUAGAGAAGAUUAAAUUAUGUCUGAUAUCUGCACAAACAGAUAUGCACCAUAUUGGAAACAUGUGUUUUUCUAGUCCCAUCCAGGCGUCCCACAAGAAAGCCAUGAUGUGGAGCUAAACCAUAUGUUUUGAGUAAAGAAGAAUAGAAGGGGAGUGUCUGCCAGAGGGAAAAAGAUGAAGGUGUUCCAAGGAAGUAUACUAAAACAGAACAGUGUUAUAUUUUGCCCAAAACUACAAAAUAAAAAAUAAUUUAAAAAAAAGAAUUAUAAUAUAUGGCUACUACGUCUUUGAUUAUAAGUUAAAUUUAUAGACCUGGAAUUUGCCAUCCUAGUCUUUUCUUUUUAGUAAGACUUCUGUCCUCCGACAGUGCAUAUGGUAGGUCCCUAAUGUUUCUGCAUCUCCAGGAAGAUGCAGAUCCUUAUUUUUGCUGGGAAAUCCUUCUGAAUAGAAAUUUAACAUUUUAAUAGAAACAGAUGAAUGUGUUUUCCAUGUAGUAAAUGUUUUCAAGAAGUGACUUGAGAGGGAAAGAGACUGGAGUGGUUAAUGGUGAUUUGAUUUCUGGAAUUUUGAGUUUUCUGCUAUAAUUAGCUGUAUUGCUUGGUGCCAAAGAGCAGUGGAGAUUUGUUGAACUCAAAAUAAUUUUUUAAAAAUUGUUAUUUUUGAAAGAACUUGAGGCUCACAAUAAGUUACCCUAGAUCCAUUUUCCCCCAUUUAUAACACUUUAUUUAGUCCAUUUUCAGAACCAGAAAAUUAACAUUGGCAUAAUGCUAUUAAACUACAGAUCUUUUUUUGAUUUCACCAGUUUUUCCACACAUAUUCAUUGAGUUGCUGGAUACUUCUAAUUCUUGCAAUUUGUAAUCUGGCCUUGCUUGGAUACAACAGAAAAGACACUAUUUGGAUAAAAUUCUACAAUAUUAGAACAAAUUAAUGUAUUCCUUUAUCAUGAGCAAUACUCUGCCUUCACUGCUUCCAAAUUUUCUGAUUUGUUUAACUGGCAUCUGAAACAAUCCAAGAAAAACUUAGGAAGAUUAGGCAAUACAAAAGACAGUAAAGCUUUUUCAUAGCUUGUUGGCUAGAAAACCAGAUACAGCAGGAUAUUCUAGAUGCUUCCCAGAGCUUUGACAAAUGAGUAGGAUUAGUACUGGGGACAAGAUGAGGAGUUUGGAGUAAACCAGUAUUUUGGUUGCGAGUUAGUUGGCACUUAGUUAACGGCACUGGGAAUAGCUUGUGGAGAUAAUAGAAUACAAUGAUAUAGACUCCUAAUGUUUGAUAAAAUGCCAUUUUCAGAGUGGUAGAGAGGUUUCAUUUGCCUAAAUAGCUGUUCUUAAAUGGAAUAACAACCACUUUAGACCAAAGUAAUUGCAAACACAGCAGCAGCCUGGGGAGAGGUUGAAACUUCAGUUUUGUGGAUUACGGUUUUGAGUUUUGUGAUUGACAUUUUAAAGUCCCCUAUUUUAGGGGUCACAAGAUUAUAACAAUGUGUGUCUUAUUAAGUUCCUAGGUCAUUGUGAGCACUUGAUAAAUAUUUGCCGAUUUUUUUUUUUUUUAAUGAAUAUAAGAUGGAAACAAAAACUUGUCAUCCAGUUUACUAGAGUGAAUGCAGGGAGAAUAGUUUUACUGUAACAUGGAGAGUUUAUUUUCAAAUGAAGAAAGAAAAAAUGCUCAGACUUGUACCUGGUGAAGUACAUUCUCCAUUUGUAUACUUUUUGAUGGUGUAAUUGAUUUAUAGAAAAGCUUAAUUUUUUGAGGCGUUCAGACAGCAAUGAAAGGUAGUUCUCCAUAGGACACUGAAUCAAAAGCAGAGACCAGACUCUAACCUCAUAACCAGCCUAUUUGAAACAAGCUAUCUAGUUUCUCCUGUAGACAUCUUGUCAACAACAUGCAACAAUGUCGGAUGCCUUGCAGGAAAAUGAUAUGACUCCCAAGCUAGCCUAUGCUCAUCCACAAUCACAAUUACAUGUCAAGAAAGAAUUUGCAGAGAUUCAAGGGAAGCACAAUGGGAUAAGGUAAUCACUUUCAGUGAAAAACUGUUUACUUGAAAACGAGCUUGGACACAAUUGAAAGUUGGAUCCCUGCAAACACACCAAGAGUUUGUAAUCUAGCCUAUCCAUUAUAUGUCCUUUAUUAUUCAUGAUAUCCUAUUCUUCUACCUGGUUGUCUGGUGACUUUUUCUGAGGACUGAGUUUCUGCAGCAACGUGGUGGACUCUUCUUGUGAUGAGGAAACCUCUGGGCCUCCUUCUGCAGGCUUUGGAAGAUGAUGUGUCUUGUCAAGGGGUAAAGAGCAAAUGGAUUUAAUUUCUGCUUAAAACUAUCAUAGACAUUCCAAAUAGAAUACGUAAAGAGUCUCUGUAUUAGAAAAAGAAACGUGAUACCAAUUGUAUAUUUUCUUUUCUUUAUUUAUUCUCUGUAAGUCUGUCAGAUGAUAAAUUGUAAAUAACAAUGAUUAAAGAGUCAUGCUACUGA